AUGUCCAUUUAUCCACCUACUCGCCAGCCUACAAAUGCUUUGAAUGGUGUCGGCGACAUGAGCGAUGGUGCAGGAACCAUCGAUCCUGCAGCUUUGAACGCUAGUGGUGGAUUGAUACAGUCAUCAAACGAGUCAGGCCCGCGGGGCAUCAAACGAAGCCGAUCUCCCGAGCAAUAUGGCGAAUAUCAUCCAGGCGACGAUGAUGGCCCGCGCAAACGUGGUCGGCCGUCAAAAACGCCCAGAACUUCUGGAGACUUCACUGCCAACGUCGACGCUCUCCCAACACCUUCCAGCCAAACCUCACCAGAGCUGAACCAGACACCCAGAAAUCAAGCAAGCGCACAACCACCAGCCUCGACGCCGGUGCAAGCAUCGCCGCCGCGGACUCUUCCCAAAUCGACCAUCAAAGCUCUACCGACAGUAAGGGACCAUACCAGCGACGUGCUGCAACCUGAAGGAGAUGAAUAUGUGCCGCGCGAGUACGACGAGGCGGGCGAGAAAAAGGUGGACCAGCUAGGCUAUCUCCACGGCGGACGAGAGUAUAAGAUCCGGACGUUUACCCUUCCCGGGAGAGGGCAGAAGCUGUUCAUGUUGGCGACCGAGUGCGCGCGUCAACUCCAGUACCGAGAUUCCUAUCUUCUCUUCAACAAAAACCGCUCUCUCUUCAAGAUUAUCGCUAGCGUCAAAGAGAAGGAAGAGCUCGUCAACCGCGAAAUCCUGCCAUAUUCGUACCGGUCGCGCCAGAUCGCCGUGGUGACGGCGCGCUCGAUGUUUCGUCAAUUCGGCAGUCGCGUGAUCAAAGACGGUCGAAGGGUUCGAGAUGAUUACUGGGAGGCCAAAGCGAUCAAGCAAGGAUUCACCGAACAGGAUGCUGCUGGGGAGAAGCGACCCGGAGCCGCGAGAGCCAGAGAAGCGGCAGCCCAGGACCAGCUGAAUGCUCGCGCUAGCGUCGUUGCGGCCUACGGUGACAUUGUCUAUAGCAAUGGGCCCGGCUACGGAGCUGUACAGCCGCCAGCUCUCCAUUCCGGGAUUGCAUCAACCAUGGCUCAAAUGGCUUCUUUCGACCCUGCCUACGAAUCGAGGUACAAAGAUAUUGUGCGGCCGAGGCACGACAUAACAGGCCCGCCAUAUCAGGACCUCACUCGAUCAAGUUCCGAUGUUGAAUUGGCAAGUCAAGCAAGCCAUGCGGCCGAAUACAGCAAAACCAUUAAUCAACAAAAUAGAUACCGGCGUGGGCUUGUCGACGACUAUUGGCGCCGACCGCAUGAACCGCCUAUAUCGACACCGCCUCCCGCAGAAGCCGAAGUUACAACGACAACCCAUCCGUUCUCGUCGCCCCGGUUCAACACGAGCGACGUCCCUUCUAGUCAGCCUAACACAAUAUCUCAUUCUUCCCAGCCUCUGCCGUCCUCGAUGAAUCCUCCUUCUUUCCCCCAUCAACAGCCUCCCAUCCAAUCGCCCAUUCGACAACCAAAUCUGCAGCAGUCCUUCGCUCGCGAAUCUUCACAAUAUACCCCGCAACAUCCGGGCUUUCAAAGAUCGUCCUCAAGCCUCCCCAUCUCACAACCCUCUUCCCAACCUCAGCCAUUGCCCUUCGGAAGUGGGGGAUUCCCGCACGCUAUCAAUCCACAACAGCAGCAACAACAGCAGCCGCAGCCGCAGCCGCAACAACAGCAGCAGCAACAGCAACAGCAACAAAGCUGGGGAGCUCCUCCACCGCAGCCUCACCAGUCCCCAGCUCUUCAUCGCAUGACUACACCUCAAUUCUCACCCAGCUUGGCACAAGGACAAAUUCCCUCGCCUCUGCCCGGUGGCACACAUGCUAGUCCGUCUCCGCAUCCGCAACAGAUGCAGCCACCACAGAUGCCAUUGCUCCAUCAUCAAGGGAGUUCUGGGGGAAUUGGGGGACAGCAGCUUUAUGGGCCUGGAGCAGGACUACAGGCGAUUAAUGCUGCUGCAACAUACGUAGGUAUCGGAAAUAGGAGCAUCUACCCCAUGGGGGGACAGAACCAGUUUAUGCAGCCCAAUCCUCAGCAUGGACAAGGAUGGCCUGGGCCUCAGGGUCAGGGUCAGGGAGGUGGACAAUGGACACAAGGGUUUCAGUAG